GAACUCCAGCUUGCUGGAGGAAGUCCUGAUCCAGAAGGUCAUUGCUUGGUAGAUAAGCACUGGUGAAAAGGUGUUGUCUGGCAAGCCCUGCUUGUGCAGAAGGUAAGUAUGUCCUUGAGCAGGCUGCCAUGAGGAUGCUGUGCCCUGGGCAUCCCUGCCAGGAGGACCAGCCAAGCUACUCCUGUGCUGGCCCUGAGGUUUCUCCUGUGGACAUUAGUGCAGAUGGGCAGCAGACAUAGUGUAAGCCCAUUCUCAAGGCUUCUGGGCACAGCAGCGAGGACACUGUGGUGCAGGGUUGGUUGGGGACCCGCUGAUACUGGCUGCUCCGUGCAUGGCCCUGCCCUUGCUGGGCUGUGUGGUUGCCAGAUGGCACCUUGCAAACCUUGUCCCCAGGCUCUUGUCCCCAUCGUACCUCCUAGGAUGCUGUAAUAAGAAUAGCUGAUGCUGCAGGUAACAAAGCCAGAGAGACCUUUGCUGUAAACUCCGGUGGGACCGUGAUAGAUCUCUCUGUGGCUCUGCUAUGUGGAGACCAAUCUUACAGAAGCAGGGGACAAAUAUAUUUUAAAAAAGGGAAAAGAAGGAUUUCUGACCCCUGACUAACCAUCGUUUCUUUAUUCAGAAGAAAGUCAGUGAGUGGGCUGGCUAAUAAAACUUGCACUGGAACAUCCAAAAGAUACCAGCUCUGCAAAGUACAAGUAAGGAUAUCCUUUUUCUCAUCAGGAACACUCGAUACAAAGCGUGGGAAGUCAUGCUUGCUUAGUGCAACGGCAUUUCUGUGCCCCUCAGAGGGGACACUGUUUGUCCUGUAGCAGACACCCUGUUGCCCCUCCAAGCAACUGGAGUUGCCUUCUUUGGUGCCCAUCACCGUUGUGUCGGGGCUUUGGGCCUUUUGCCUUUGGGGGCCGUAAAACUCAGUGGUGGUUCUUGCACCAUCUCCUGGGGGGGUUUCCCCUGGCUGUCCCUGCAGUGGGAGGAGGAGAAGGAUGGGGCAGGCAAUGGAAACACUCCUUGCAGCCGGUCGAGGUGUGCCAGAAACCUUUCCCGCAUUUUGUUUUCAUCAGGAUAUUAAUGUAUCCCAUUCUAGGAGUGCCCUGCGAACGGAAGGAGCUUUCGAGAGGAGCAGUGUUCAUCAUUUAACUCCCAUGUGUAUAAUGGCAGAACGUAUCAAUGGAAACCUUUAUAUCCUGGCGUUCGCGUGGCUCCUGGGGAAAUUGCAGAAUAAUGUUUUGACAUUGAUGCUGUCUUGCUUGGGCACGCAGGCCAAUGACUAUGUUCACAUUUCUAGCAAGCCCUGUGACCUCCAUUGCACCACUGUGGAUGGUCAGAGACAGUUAAUGGUUCAGGCUCGGGAUGGAACAUCCUGCAAAUACACUGAUUUCCGAGGGGUUUGCGUGUCUGGAAAAUGUGAGCCGAUUGGAUGCGAUGGCAUUCUCUUUUCCACCCACACCUUGGAUAAAUGCGGAGUUUGCCAAGGAGAUGGGAGCAGCUGCACUCAUGUGACCGGCAGUUACCGGAAAGGAAAUUCUCAUCUUGGCUAUUCUCUGGUAACGCACAUUCCUGCUGGAGCAAGGGAUAUCCAGAUAGUAGAACGGAAAAAAUCUGCAGAUGUUCUGGCUGUGGCUGAUGAAGCUGGGUACUAUUUCUUCAAUGGGAACUACAAAGUUGACAGUCCGAAGAACUUCAACAUUGCAGGCACGGUGUUCAAGUACCGCAGGCCCAUGGAUGUUUAUGAGACCGGCAUAGAGUAUAUUGUUGCGCAAGGACCGACAAAUCAAGGGUUGAAUAUAAUGGUCUGGAAUCAAAAUGGCAAGAGUCCGUCCAUCACAUUUGAAUACACCCUCCUGAGGAAGCCACACUCAAAAAACCUGCAGCCCAUCUACUACACCUUCUCUGAGUCAGAUAGCGAAGAAAGCAGAGAGUUUGAUGGAGACGUGCCAUUGGGUUUUAUCCAGCACAAUGCAACCUAUUUUGGGAAAAUCUCCAGGGAAAGGAUAGACUUGGAGAACCAGGUGUUUGGAAGGCAGGACACGGAGGAAGAUUUAAACUUGAGCAAAGGUCAGGAAACCAAUGAGGUCUAUGAAAGAGCAGAAACAAUUGACUGUGAGCCAAAACUGAAGGGCAAACAACCCCAAGAUUCAAACGUAACCAGGUCUACUUACCAGACAGACCAUGACGACAGAGACUUCAACCCCAGGUUCACCUCCAGGGAAUUCCUUUCGGAGAACGCCAUCACGGACAAGCUGCUGGACAAGACCUCGGACUCCAAGGAGCUGGUGCUCAACAUGACCAUGAACAGCAUCUUUGCCCAGGGAGACCAAAUCAACUCUGUGGGGUCACACAUUGACAGCCUCUAUGUUGACUACGAGGACAGCGAUGGCGUUGUGACCUACACCAUUAAUAGCACCUACAUGGAGCUGAGCAACGGCAAAGCCAUCAACACGUCUGCAGAGACGCCGUUUUCAAAUGCCACUGUCACCAUAACCAGCCCUCAAGGGAACAGAACCCACAAAGCAAGAAACAGAUUGAAGUUGUUAAGAAAGGGCCAAGGUGUGAGUGCUGCUGACAUGUACAGGUGGAAGCUUUCCUCCCAUGAACCCUGCAGCUCUACAUGUACCACAGGAGUGAUGUCCACAUAUGCUAUGUGUGUUCGCUAUGAUGGGAUCGAAGUGGAUGAUACGUACUGUGAUGCCAUGACCCGUCCCGAGCCCGUCCAUGAGUUCUGUGCUGGGAGAGAGUGCCAGCCAAGGUGGGAGACGAGCAGCUGGAGCGAGUGCUCCCGCACUUGUGGGGAGGGCUACCAGUUCCGCAUCGUCCGCUGCUGGAAGAUGAUCUCUCCGGGAUUCGACAGCUCCGUCUACAGUGACCUCUGCGAGUCCGCUGACAUCACCCGGCCGGACGAGCGCAAGGUCUGCAAGAACCCAGCCUGCGGGCCCCAGUGGGAGAUGUCGGAGUGGUCUGAGUGCUCAGCCCGCUGCGGAGAGCGGAGUGUGGUGACACGGGACAUCCGCUGCUCGGAGGACGAGAAGCUGUGCGACGCCAGCGCCCGGCCCCUGGCCGAGAAGAACUGCACGGGGCCGCCCUGUGACCGGCAGUGGACCGUCUCCGACUGGGGACCGUGCAGCGGCGGCUGCGGACAGGGCAGGAUGAUCCGGCACGUGUACUGCAAAACCAGCGACGGGCGGGUGGUGCCGGAGUCGCAGUGCAACCUGGAGACGAAGCCGCUGGCCAUCCAUCCCUGCGGGGACAAGAACUGCCCCUCGCACUGGCUGGCACAGGACUGGGAGCGGUGCAAUACCACGUGCGGCCGGGGCGUGAAGAAGAGGAUCGUGCUCUGCCUCGAGAUCGUCAACGGCAAGAUCAAGACCCGCAACCCCGCCGACUGCGACGUCGCCAAGAAGCCCGUGGAGGAGACGACGUGCUUCGAGCGGCCGUGCUUCAAGUGGUACACGACCCCCUGGUCGGAGUGCACAAAAACCUGCGGCAUCGGUGUGAGGAUGCGGGACGUGAAGUGCUACCAAGGGAAGGACAUCGUCCGGGGCUGCGACCCGCUGGUGAAGCCGGUGGGCAAACAGACCUGCGACCUGCAGCCCUGCCCCACGGAGCCCCCAGACGACAGCUGCCAGGACCAGGCAGGAACCAACUGCGCUUUGGCCAUCAAAGUCAACCUGUGCAGCCACUGGUACUACAGCAAAGCCUGCUGCCGCUCCUGCCGCGCACCCCACUCCUAGUGCCCGGCAGCACCCAGCACCCAGCGCACGCAGCGGCCCAGCACCCCUGGGCUGCACCUCCCUUAGCAAGGGCUCCAUAUGCCAUUUAGUAAGUGCUACACAUCCCACAGGCUGGUGUUAAGGAUGCUUUUGGGUUUUUUUUUUUUUUGUUUGUUUCCCACCGAUGCAGAACUACUACCCUUGUCCCUCUGCCUUGUAGAGGAACGGUGCCGGCACGGCUCGGUUGCAAAGCCGUUAGCGCUGUACAUUGGUAGCCCCCGUUAUCAGAGCUGUACAUAAAGUCGUGUAUAUUUGAUUCCCCCGAACUGCAGACUCGUGCACGUGUUUCACAAGGUCUUGUUCUUUGGUUUCUUUCCUCUGUGCAAGUUUGGGGUUGACGAUGGGAAGGUGUGAACUCUGUGAAGCGCAAGUUUCCCUUCGCAAAGGGGGUUAGUGCCUCUCGCCUAAAUUAUCCCCGAGACCUGCGCACUCUCGUUAGCUGCAUUUAACAUGGUGGGAAGCUGGUUUUUGUUUGCUAAAUGAACUCAAGCCCAAGCCCCUUUUUUGUAAUAUGUAGGUGUAUACUUUUUCAGAGAAUUUUAUCUUAUAAUCAAAUGUUAGUUCCAUAGUCCUUACAACCCCCCCGUAAUGCUGACAUAUUGUAUAUAAUAUGGAAACAUAACUGCACUUUAUAUCACAAAAAAGACGUGCUCUUUUUUAAUAUAUUUGUUUACAGACAGUGAACUUUAUCCAUAUAAUCAUUAAUUUGUACUCAUAUGUAUAUUUUAAUAAAGUUGUCAUAUUUAUGGUGGUA